AGUGUCAACUGUGGUCUUAGCAGGAAGUGCUUCUUGAGCACAAAGCUAACUGGAACAUGAGGAGGAGAAGCGGUUUUCACAUAGCUGCUGGAACAACACACUAAGCGUUUUACGGGUGAAAAGAGAAACCACAUGUCAGGAUGGACGGCUACAGAACAGGACAGCCUUGGGGGAAACUAGUUAAAGUGGGUUCCACUGAAACUAUCCUGCUUUUCAGUAGAGAAUGCACAGUUGGCAGAAAGAAAGGAUGUUAUCUGUCCUUUCCGGCUAAUAAACUGGUAUCAGGGGAGCACUGCAAGAUAGUGAAAGAUGAGAACUCGGGGCUGGUGUGGCUUGAAGACAUGAGUACUAAUGGCACAGUGAUCAACAUGUCCAAGGUGGUCAAGAGGCAAACCCACUUGCUACAAAAUGGUGAUGUCAUCUAUUUUGUGUACAGGAAAAGUGAGCCAGAACAAAACAUUGCCUAUGUUUUCCACUCCAUCCAAAUGGAGCGAUCUCUUUCACAAGACAGUUUUUAUAUGGAGAGGUCAGCCCACAGUCCCUCUCCUGUUCCAGAAUCUGAAAUCCCACUUUCUGUGGAGCCUGUUAUGCUUACUAAGGCUCCUCGGGAUCCAACUCAGGAGGAACCUCAGCCUUCCACUUCUGCUUCCCACUUCUGUAUUGAGAACCCCUCCCGUUCUCGUCCCAUAGAAAUCACAACUUCUUCAGUUUCUGACGAAAGUAGAGUUGUAGACACGGACAUCUUGGAGCCAGAAAGCAAGAGGAUGAAAACUCAUCAAGAUAAAGAUUAUGAUUUGGGUUUGCCACAUACCUCCAGCACAGAGAUGGCAUGUUCAGCUAAGAAAGGUCUUGGGAAUCUUUUGCCAAAGCCACCAGGAGAAGGGACUAAGACAGACAAGAUGGAGGAAAGCCUGACAUGUGUGAUCUGUCAGGACCUACUGCACGACUGCAUCAGCUUGCAGCCUUGCAUGCAUGCCUUCUGUGCUGCAUGCUAUUCAGGCUGGAUGGAGCGCUCACCUCUUUGCCCCACCUGCCGCUGCCCUGUGGAGAGGAUUUGUAAAAACCACAUUCUUAACAACCUGGUGGAAGCCUACCUCAUCCAACACCCAGAAAAGUGUCGCAGUGAGGAGGAGCGGAAGAGCAUGGACGGUCGGAACAAGAUUUCUCAGGACAUGUUGCAGCCAAAAGUUGAGCGCUCUUUCUCUGACGAGGAGGGCAGUUCAGAUUACCUCUUUGAGCUCUCAGACAAUGACAGUGACUCCUCAGAUAUCAGUCAACCUCUGGUGAUGUGCAGACAGUGUCCUGGCUACAGGAGAAAUUUGGGUCAAGUGUUGUUUGCUACAAGCUCAAACUACUGGUUCCCAGGCUUACCAACUCUACCACCUGUAUCUCCAUCACCCAAACCUGCAAGUGAGGACAGUGCAGCAAAGACCACUGGAGAGCAGCCGUCAACAUCCUCUGAUCAGCCCUCAGCUUCUCAUGAGUACUGCUGCCCCCCUCAGGGCUUCCAUCUCAUCUGCUCCUGCUGCUUCCUGCCAAUGCCAGACAGGAGGGCCGAGCUAAACAACCAGCAGGUUAUUGCUCAACAGUGUGCAUUAUGCCAGCAGCCUUUCUGUCAUAUGUACUGGGGCUGCCAGGGCAUUGGAUGUCAGGGGUGUCUGACACGAUUCAGUGAUCUCAAUCUGACUGAUAAAUGCCUGGAUGGGGUGCUGAACAACAAUAACUAUGAAUCAGAGGUCCUCAAAAACUACUUGUCCUCCAGAGGGAAAUCUUGGAAAGAUCUGCUCCAGGAGACUUUGCAAGACAUGCAGCAGGGAAACUACGUUCUGACAGAUUGUCGUAUCACAGCAAACACUAUCCUGUGCUUCUGCUGCGGCCUGCGAGCCUUCAAGGAGCUGGCCUACAAGUACAGACAGAACAUCCCUCCUUCUGAACUGCCAGCUGCUGUAACAUCUCGACCCGACUGUUACUGGGGAUGCAACUGUCGCACGCAGGUGAAGGCACAUCAUGCAAUGAAAUUCAAUCACAUAUGUGAGCAGACGCGCUUCAAGAGCUGAAGAAGGACUUUUUUUCCCCCCUCCUUCUUCUUUUCUGCCUAACUGUGUCAAAUAUAAAUAACUAAGCAUCUUAUGCACUUGGGGAAACAAUCUCUUUAGGUUUUCUUGUGUCAGUUGUAUGUAAGUUGCUUAUGCAAUAACUUAAUGCACACACUACAAUCACCAUUUACAGUAGUGGCCAGGGGCUGUGUGGAUUAAUGCUAUGCACAUUCAGAUUAAGUUUUACAUGUUCGGAAAGUUUAUAACUGGCCUAUAGAGUUAAGAUCUCAGAGAUUCUAGCUGGUAACUCCAGCUGCUAUUUCGAUUAAAUUAUGCUUUGUGUUCAGGCUUUUAUCUGGAUGGACCAGGUAAACAAUCACUUUUUGAUAGAGCAGUUCAGUUAUGUGAAACAAAAGUCCAGGCUGUGGAACAAAAAUGUUAGUUUUCACAGCAAGAAAGGCAACCUGCAUCAGUGUGAACUCAGAACUAUGUUGGUAGUGGUGGACAGAUCUUUUGCUAUGUAUUUUACUAGUCAACUGAUUAUUGAAUUCAGGGCUCUCUACAGCAAAUGAACACCUCUGUUGAUUAUCAUCACAGUAACAGCAAAGUAAUCACAAGUACCACAGGAGCAAAGAUGCCAGUUGCUACCAAGACCCUUUAACCAGUACUCAAAAUGUAAAUGUAUCACCUCUGAGGGAUUUUUCCUGGUUAACUAGGGCAUUACUGUGUUCCCAGGCUGGGGUAAAAAGCCACGUCAAAGCCUCUUGCGCACGUACGAGGGUAGAUUUGUAAUCCCAUGUGACAUUUAUAUAGGAUUUCAUGUCUGUGGGAAGGGGAUCAAUGUUCUGUAAAGCUAAUGGAAGGCAGAGGAGGACUCUGCUUUGUGGCGGAUAAUUACCUCCAGGGCGACUGAACGCAAAGGAGAAUGGACACUUUGUCAGAUCCUUAAAGUAAGGGGUAUUCUUUGAAAUGCACAGUUGACCCAUGUGGACUUGAUUGGGGGGGGGGGGUAAACUGCACUCUAAACAACCACUAAUGGUUAAAUGUUUUGUGCUCUAGGCCAUCAAGACCAUUUUGACAUGCUGCUUUGUGUGGCACCCUUUCCAAACAGUUUAGAGAAUCUUGGCAAUAGAGAUGCAACAAUAUGAUCUAUUAUUCAGAUGUCAUUGUGGUCCACUUACAGCUUAUACCUCAGUUGAUCACCAUGUCAGGUUAGGUUAGAUUUUCUAUGAUUCCUCAGGUACUCAGAGUCACUGUUUUUUUUUGUGAGUGUUUUUUUUACGUAGCUUAGCUAUGUUUGAUGAUUGAAAGUUCUGUGUCAAAAUAAAAACAGCAGUCAGUGAGUGUUGCAUUCACUGACAUUUAAGACGAUCAUCACCCCAGUGUAACAGUCUCCAUCCUGCAAACACACAAGCGAUAAAUGAUGUAAAAAGUAUUGACAAAUCACGCUUUUUUUUUUCUCUUUUGCCUUAUUUUGUUUUGGCAGGCAAAAACAUCCACAGUAUAGUUUAAAGAGGCCUUAAAUAAUAAAAUAAUUGGAUUAAGUUAGGUAUUUUAAUUAACCUUUUAGAUUUCUUUUUGUCAGUGGUGUUAGUUUGU